UGCUCAGCUCCCAGCACCGCAGCAGCACCCAAGAAAUGCGUUUCCUUCCCCGCCUCGUCUUCUCUGCUGCCCUGGGCAUCGCCGCCUUCCUCAGCUGGAGGCUGCUGCUCCAGAGCCCUGCCAUGGGCGAAAGAGGUGACCUGGCCCCCAGGGUGGAGGAGGGCUUCACUUUGACCCUGGACACCUUCCUUCAUGUCCAGCAGCUCAGGAAGAAGAGACUAAAAGCUUUCUGCAGCCAACCGGGUAAAGUGACCACACUGCCAAGGAGCCCGGAGGACAGAGCCUGCCUGCUCUCAAGCUUGAGGGUCAGCACCAAGCUGGACCUCCUCUACUGCCAAGUGCCAUCGACAGGGACGGAGGAAUGGCAGCAGCUUCUGGAAAAGCUGGAGAAGGAAAAUGUGACGCUCCCAGUGCCGCUUCCCUACCCUUGGUAUCACACUCGGGAGGGACAGCUGAGCAAGUUCAACCUGACAGAGAUAGAGGCCAUGUUAGGGUCCUACACCAAAGUGUUGUUUGUCAGGGACCCUUUCCACAGGCUGAUCUCCACGUUCAUGCAAGGCACGGGCAGCAGCCCUUCCUUCAGCAGCUUUGUUCAGGACGUUCUAGACAGUGGACCACGCAAUGCCAGCAUGGCUUGGAAACCACUUGUUAGCAUCUGCCAGCCCUGCCUUGUCCAGUACGACUACGUGGUGAUGUUUGGCUUCCUCAGGCAGGAGCUGGCUUAUCUGCUGCAGAGGGCUGGGCUGCCUGUGGACAACCUCCUCCCCGAGUUCACCGACAGCCAAGUGCAGUGGACCUACAGCUGGUUAUCAGAGCAGAUGUUCAGCGAGCUGUCCCUCCAACAGAAGAAGCAACUGUCUCGUUUCUACCGCUGGGACCUUGCUGCUUUCCCGUUCUCCAGCAGCUUUCUGUCAGACCUCCGCAGCACCCCAGAGACCUGGUAGAAAUAUCCCGGCUGGAGGGAAUGGUUUGGAGAGAUUUAAUCCAAAUGGAAGUGCUUUGAGAUACCGUCUGGGUCACAGGCAGACCUUUGCUCCAGAGCUGCAUGCAGCACGCUUGUCCAUGUCACCGCUCCAAAAGGCACAGCAGAGAGCGGAGAUGGACCACCGCCAGGGACAGGCUAUCAAGGCUCUUCAUGUGGCUGAAUUGUGUUUCAAUGUGGCAAGAGCAGGCACUAGGGAAACACAUGGCACUGGGAUUUGGAAAACUGCAUGAACUGAACUGUGAUGGGAUUGAACAACUCUCCGCAAGCCUACCAUUGUGGGCUGGGUUGGACCUCCUGCAAACCACAGCCAAAUGCUCUGCCUGCACUGCCAUUUCAUAUUCUGGGCUCCUUUUUGGGCUAAGAGGUUUGGCAGUGGCUUCUGUGGGACAAAUCUCACCAUGCAGAUAUACGAAACACUCCCAAAGGAACACAUCAAGUGGAGUGUGUCUACUCUGCACAAGUAGGUGAGAUGACACAGCAUUGCACACUCUCUUGGGGAGCCACUGCUGAUGUUCCCAACCCUGCUCUGGGAAGGACAGGCGCAGCCCAUCAUUUGGAUUUA